CGCGUGACGCAGCGCAUCGAUCGUGCAUCGCCGGGUAUCGAUAGCGCAUCGCACCGGCUGGUACUGCUCGGCGGCGUCGCAGAUCGGAAACCGCUGGCAUCUAUAUUGCGCAAAUCACUGCAGUGGCCUCACGCAGCUGACGCCGUCGGCGCGCAGACAGCAUCACAACGAUGCUCCGAACAGCCGGCCGCAUUAUAACAAGACGCGUCGCGCCGGCCACGGGCGCCACUCUGGCCGUAGGCUCCGCGGCCUUUUACGCGAGCGACCCCAAAACCGCGUCUAGAACGUAUGUUUUGUUGACGGAGAUGGCGCCCGUGAUUCUAGCGUAUCGGUUCGUCGAGAAGAAGCAACAAAUACGGCGAUAUCUAAACCACGAGAACCCGCGACUGGAAGAUGCCGAGUGGGAGUCACUACAUAACAAGUACGCCAAAAGUACGGUAGAUACGAUGCGGCGCAUGUUAGGAUCGUAUGUCAAACUAGGACAGUUUUUGGCGUUGCGGCCGGACAUUGUCCCACAAGUCUGGACCGAUGAGUUACGAACGCUGGAAUCUGCCGUGCCCGCGCAAAGUACGGAAUUAGUCCACGAGACCAUACAAAGAGCCUACGGGAAGAAUGUGAGCGAAGUUUUCGCGACCUUUGACGACAAACCCGUCGGGAGCGCGUCCAUCGGCCAGGUCCACAAAGCUACAUUAAAAGACGGCACUCGCGUGGCAGUAAAGGUCCAGUACGGUGCCGGCAACGAACAAGUGAUGAGGAAUGACAUCAAACACGGCAAGGAGCUGUUUAAGUGGCUCGCUCCCGAACAAGUCGCCGUCCUCGACGAGGUCGAGGCGCAGUUCGCGACCGAGUUCGACUACCGCCGGGAGGCGUCCCAUUUGUCAGCAGUCAGAAAUAAUCUACGAAAGGCGGGUUUCCUGGGCAGUUGGUGGCGGAGAGGUGUCGUCGAUAUUCCAGAACCGAUCAGCGAGAUGUGCACGAAGGAAGUGCUGGUGAUGAAAUUUCUCGAGGGCGACAAUUUGGUCGACGGCAUCCGAGCACUCGGCGAGCGCGCGGCUCGUAGGCAAGGCCUCACGUUAGAUGACUUGAAAAGAGAUAUGUUGAUAAAUUUUGAGCGCGAGGGCUACCCGGAGCCGUACAGUACUGUGUGGAAAUCAAAUUUCGGGCGCCCACGCCAUCGACGCGAUGUCGUCCCCGUAACUGCAUCUGCUCGAUGGCGUGGGGAUUCUACGCCAUCGACGCGACGUUGACCACGUAACUGCGGCAGCUCUAUGGCGUGAGAACUCAACUGGUUGAUUCCCACACAGGUACAGUGGGCCGUCCCCGUUCGUCAUCGAGGCGUACCGCUACGCCGAUCGCGUGAAGUGCUCGCUCGUGAACGUGGGCGUGCUUUUACGAAGAAGAGUGUUAGGUCACGACGUGGCGUACGCGGAACCGUUGCUGACGGAUUUUAACCCCGCGCGCGUCAUGUCGACGUUGUGUCGGGUGCACGGCCACGAGCUGUUGAAGGAUGGUUUGUUUAAUGGAGAUCCUCAUGCUGGUAACUUCCUACUGUUACGAGAUGGGCGCAUAGGCUGCAUCGACUACGGCCAGGUGAAGAAGCUCACGACGGAAGAGCGCCACUGGCUCUGCAAAGUUUAUUUGGCGUUGCGCGACGACGACGCGGAUCGAUUAAGAGCACUAGCGAAGGAGAUCGGCAUGCGAACGAGGUACAACCUCGACUACACGCGGCAAAAAAUGCUCACUUUCGCGCUCGAUAGAGAUGGAAGGGACGUCACUGACGGCCUGAAUUUCCAGCAGUUCCUCGACAAGAUGUUCGCGGCCGACCCGUGGGAUGAAGUCGUGCCGGUGGUCAUCAUGCCUUCUCGCUUGUGCAUGUUUCUGCGAGGUAUUGGAUUGAUGAUGGACCACCCUUUAUCAUUGGUGAAGGAGUUCGCGCCGAUCGCGGAAAGGGUGCUGCGCGAGGAGGGCGUCGAUUUUUAGUGUAUGUUAAC